CGGGGAAAAAAAAACAACAAUCGGUAGGACAGGCAAGUGCCCUACCGACAGAUAUGGGGAUGGAUGGGAGUGAACACUUUAAGCAAUCAAGGACGCUGCAUGGAGACAACAAAGUUCUACCAAAUGAAGGAACAACAUCAAUGAAGGAAGAUUCGUCUUCUCGGGACAAGACAACUGGCCUGGAAGGAGGGGAGGAGGACAUGGAUUGUUCUCUAACCUCAGGAACGGGUAAGAAAAGGGAUAGAGCAAUGUCAAAUGCAACUCAGUCUUCCAAGGAAGAAGGGGGGGAGCAGGCUGACGAGGAUGACGAGGAAUCUGAGGGUGAGUUGAAGGAGGAUGACACAAAGAUGGAGGAGAAAGAUGAGGAGUCCCUUGAAUACGUACAGCAGUACGUCAAGUCACUGGAGAGGGCAAGAUCAGUGGAAUCCGAAGUACGAUUGACACAUCACAAACACCUCCGAAAUCUCAGAGCAGUGACGACAAUGGCCAACGACAUAAACACGGAAAACAGGUUUGAAGUGUUAGAGAAAGAAGGGGAGAUCAAUGAAUUCUAUGCAGCACAAUACAGUCUGAAAACGAAGGUGGAAAAGGACAAGAUCAAGGUGGAUCUGAGCAGUUAUGGACAACACUUCACAUGGCCCAAAACCUACGAAGAUCAAAACGAAGGAAAGAGGGCCAAAAGGCAAAGAAACACAGCAAGCAACUCAAAGGCAGAAGAACAAACAAAUCAGACCACAGAGGACUCAGAAACUGUAGACGAGCUCAACAGACAAGUUGCCAUUCUCGAAGCACAAGUCAAUGCCUUACGGGAUCAGAACAGGGAAUUGGAUGACAACUAUCUAAACCUCAAAGACAUUGUCACAUGGUACAACAAAGAAACAGAGGCAGCGGCCAGACUUGAUGCCCGCACCAAUCCCAAACGGCGCACAGUAAUCGCGUAUAGAUGGAAGACAACAUACGAAACCUUGGAAAUCACAUACCACAAAUCCAUGGCGUUGUUAACAGUCACGGACCAGGACUGUACGCAACAACAUCUGAGAAUGUGGAUAUCUGAUGCAGUGCCAACAAAAACACACAUUCAAGGAUCCAAAAAGGAAGCCUGUGAGGAAUGGAAAGCUCAGGAUGGAGUUUCUCGGUGUGCAGAUCUCAUACCCAUGAUUUUACAAGUCGAGGAAAAGGCAGAGCUCAACGAUGAUAUGUGCUGGGUACCGUGGCAGUUAGUGGAAGCAAUUCCCUAUGGUCUGCUAGGGGGGAACACAACCGCAGAAAGAGCAGCCUUUAGCGGCUCGCUAGUCACCACAUAUGGCAUUCUCCAGAUGUCACCUAGGCGACUUGAGUCCCUUGCGGUCCCUACAGGUGAGAGCAACUCCUUAUCAAAGGCGACUACGACUGCUAGGACUGCGGAAGCAGAAAUUGACAUUGUUAGCAAGCGUCACGGAGACUAUGACUACGACUACGACUAUGACCAUGACGAUGACUAUGACUAUGACUAUGACUAUGACUAUGACUAUGAGGGUAAAAAGUAUGCCGUUUACUAUGAUGGUACGUAUUAUGGUCCAUAUGAUGGUAAGUACAGCAUGAGCUACGGUAAGUAUUAUGGUCCACAUUAUGGUGGAUUUUAUGGUCCAUAUUAUGGUAAGCAUGAUGGUAAGUAUGAUGGUAAGUAUGAUGGCAAGUAUGAUGGCAAGUAUGAUGGCAAGUAUGAUGGUAAGUAUGAUAGUAAGUAUGAUGGUCACUAUGAUGGUUACUAUGAUGCUAACUAUUAUGGUACAUAUGAUGGUAAGUACGAUGGCAAGUAUGAUGUUAGGUAUGAUGGUAAGUAUGAUGGUAAGCAUGGUAAGUAUUAAGAUGAAGGAUGAUGACAAGUGUACAAGUGUAUCGAGAAGGAUGAGAGGAAGGGUUAUUACUACAAGCACUAUCAUAAUAGCGAGAAGCAGGACUAAAGGCGGUUCAACAUUG